CGCAGCGAUGUGUAGUGUUCGAACACCUUUUGUAAUGACGGAUUGUCUAUCGGCUUCUGUAUGGCGAGCUACUUGCACAAGCAUUGUUUAGAAGCUACAUGAAACUGCAAUCUGGAGAAGAUGUGGAAGAUGAUCAUAAAGAGCUGAAAGAGUACUUGGAACUACUCCACUUUAGAUUUCAAGAGGAUCCGGCCGCCACGACAACAUUCGAAAAUCUCCGUGGCCUUAUUUCGCCCUAAAUCUUCUCAGGGCUCAUGCUCUGUUUGUUUCGCGCUCGAUGAAUCGGUAGCACAAUCGGUCAUUGAUUUGGUUAUUUUCAUCCUUGCUAGGCUGUAGUGAUUUGUUGUCAAUCGAUUCGAUUUCUGAACAUCCUGUUCUCAUGUUUGGAGUGCAAUAUGUAUAAAUAUGUAUAGUUACUAGCGCAAAAAUGGAAGUUACAUCAACUAUGCAAUAUGCAAGCCGAGCUGGCUGUGUGCAACUUAGUGCGAGGACUUCUACGAUUGUACAUCAUGAUAAAGGUAGCAUGUCCGUGAUCUACUUCUACCUUGUUGGAAGUGGUGCGCAUGGAGAAGAAGCGGCACACAAAUAAGUAAGGAACAAAGGACCAAAACACUAUAAAGAAAGACCGUUAGAAUCAGUGCCGUCGAAAGCUGCUACGAGGGCGAGAGGCGAGGAAGCUGAGUAUCUAUUCUUGAGCUACAUAAUAUGGACGAUUCAAAACAAAUUGCGCACGAAAUAGCAACUAACUGAGCUUUAACAUAAUAUUACGCAGGACAAAAAACAUCCAUGAAGAUUUCCAUUUCCACGUGAAGAGCAGACAGAAAUCAGAACAAGGACUUCUAGUAUCAUCAAAAAUAUUAAGACGAACCAAUGCAGAUUUAUUUCUCUUCUUGAUAGGACCUUUCACAGCAUUCUCUUUGAGCGAAUAUUUUGGAUCUGGUUACUUUCAAAGAAAGGCAAAAAACACUUGAAAAAUGGCGCAGUAUGGGAAGCAAGACUACUGGGACGAGCGGUACACGCGAGACCCGGAGCCGUUUGAUUGGUACCAGCGGUGGUCAGGGAUCAGGGAUAUCAUCGCACCACUUCUGAAACCAACGUCAACGAUCCUGAUUGUUGGGGCGGGGAAUAGCAGAAUGGCAGAGGAAAUGUAUAAUGAUGAAAGCAUACUUCUUGUUACGAAUUUGAAGAUUUGAGCACUACUUACAUUUGUCAUGCAUAACACUUAUCGAUCUCGAUGUCCAUGCUUGAUCUCGAAGAUGAUGUGCUAAAAGACGAAAUUACUGACAAAUACCCAGGUUCGACGAGGGUUUUGCGAACAUAACAAACAUCGACAGCUCCGCAGUUGCCAUGAAAGCCAUGGCAGAGAAAUACAAGGACAAAACAGGUAGAAGGUUUUAGCUGCCGUAGUUUUUUUCCAGCUCCAGGAAAGAUAGAACAUCCAUAAAAAAUCCAAAUUACAACUUGAGUUUUGCUUUUACCCUUUUUCAUCCGUCGCGCUGCAAAGCAUGCAUCUCAGCAAAACCUAAUUUCCCAGGUCUAAGCUACAGCGAGAUGAACGUAAAACAAAUGGACUACGGCGACGGGCAAUUUUAUCCAUCGGAAGCUCUACCUCAGCAAGGAUGCUAUUCAUGCAUAAAAUAAAAUAUCUGAAGAUUCUGGCUGUGGCUCGCACCUCCGCGUACGCCUGCCGAGUCUAUAGCUUGCAUCAAAAAAUAAAGCCUGCUGAGUCAGAGAUUGAAAUGGAUAAGACUGGCGUUAUUCUCGACAAGGGCACUAUGGACAGCAUUCUGUGCGGCGAGGCCUCGACCUUGAACAUACAAAAGGCACUCACGGAGAUCGCACGGGUGCUGGAUCCCAAAACAGGUAAAAAUCUGCCAGUGCGGCACAACUUCAUUCUCGCGGAACCUAAUGGUUCAUUAGAAGUCACCAGUACCAACGUGCAUGUACAUGAUGGAAAUUCACCCUGAUUCUUGUAGUACUAGCAUUCCAAAACAUCAAAAGGUGUUUUCGUUUCCGUGUCACACGGUCAGCCUAACUACCGAUUGACCUACCUCGACCGGCCAGAAUACGGCUGGGAUGUUACCGUACACACUGUGGAAAAACCAAGAAUGGCCAUGCAGGGCGCCACCUUGACCAGCUCAGAAGAUAAGGACAACGUAUACCAUUUUUACCAGAAAGCUGCGAUGUUUUCGUUUGAAAGUUUGCAGCCGGAAAUGUCGUGUCGUUUGUGAUGCAAAAUCCGAAUCCGUCAGAAUGAAGACAAACUUCUGAAACAACAACAUAAAAAAAUCCAGGUUCACUACAUCUACGUGUGCCAGAAGGGAGCAAAGGCCGCCUAGUGAGG